CAAACAUAUGUAAGCAUAUUCAAUUUCUUGAUGUUAAGAAUUACUUUAAAAUUUGUUGUAUUUAAUGCCAUAUUAAAAUUAUAAUAAUUAAUUCAAAUAAUGGAUACUUUUCAAAAAGAUUUAAUUAGACAACGCAUCCAACAUAUUACACCUUCUAUUCAUAUGCAAAGAAGGAUUAGGAGGAAGGUCGAAUUUAAAGAAUAUUUAUUGAAGACGGGUGUCCAAUUUGAAUUGGCCAAAUGCCUGAGGAUGCUGUACGAAGAACCCAUCAAGCCUAGAGAUCCAAUCGAUUAUAUAGGUAAACAUAUUGGACCCCCUCGAAUAAGUGGUGUAGAGUACAGAAGAUUACAUGAAAAACUUUUGAUGAGCUUACAACGGAUUAAGGAGUUGAAUGAAGAGUUGGAAUGGUAUAAGGCAGGAAGGAGUAAUAGUAACAUUACAGAAGACAGUGAAAACUUCAUUUCAACUUCCAUCUUUUGCCCUUCACCGUCCAGUGAGGACGUUCUUACAUCACCUAUGCAAUUGAGCUUGUCUCUAUUUAAAAAAAAAAAAUUGUAAUUAUUCAGGCAUACAUUAGGAAUCACUUUUUAAUAAAUUUCCUUUAUAUGAUAAAGAAAGUAAUGUUACUUAUAAUAUAUAAUGGAUUGGAAAUAAUAAUGGAAUUAUGUAAUCAUUUGUAGCGUUUUUAUUUUACUCUUAAGAAAUAUACCAACAUGUUCUAAACCGAAUGGAAAAAUAUAUUUAUUCUUUAAAUAACAUCUGCUUUAUUUUAGAAAAAUAAAACUGCUGUUGCUAUUGUUGAGAUCUUUCCGAAGCUCUAUCUUCUCUUGCCUCGUCACAGAUCGGCUGAGGGUUGCCGUAGCUAGCAAGCUCUUCUUCGAGCUUUUUUAUUAUUUUAUACUUGGCUUGGAGUUCAUCGGACAUCUUCUUGAAUUCGGCUUCAGAGGCUCUGGGUUGGCCGAUAUUAGAGCAAAUAAAAUCGAUGGGAUUUUUGGGUUUUGUUGGUUGCUCGCAAAGCACCUUGAGCGCUUUGGAAAGGCUUUGGUACACACCUGACCGGUGUAAGUAUUCUCUGAAGUCUUUUUUCCUCUUCUCUUUUUCUCUGAAACUUUUGGAAGGUGUUGGAUCUAUUGUUUCUAUAAGAUUAUCCAAGUCCUCUAAGAAGUCAUUCAUCUUCAGAGGAAUGAUUUAAAUUUAGGAUUUUGCUUUGAAUCUAAUUAAAAUUCUAAUAAAUAGAAUUUUUAACAUCUGUUUUACAGCAUUAUGUUUCUACUUUCC